AGGUGCGUGUGUUGUUUCGUUGUUCGGAGGUUGUGUAGUUAAGACGCAGUUGCAGAGGAAAAAUUGAAAAUGAAGAUAGAGCGCAAAAAACAAGCGUUCCAAUCGACAUGUUCGAGAAGAAGGACAACCUCAUCCGAGAGAGGCCUCAGUCGACAUCCAGCUCGGCGACACGAGGAGGAGAAAGUCCGGCCUUCAUCAUGUUCGACCUGCAUGCUUCGCAAGUAGAAGUGAACUACUGCUCAGGGUAUGAUUUAAUAAAGCCGGUAGUAAGUAGUUGUUUGCAGUUUGAUUGUUUUCGUUGUUGAGUAGCCAUUAGUUUAGAUGUUCUCUCAUCCUGGAAGGGGACCGCAGAAGAUCUGCGCAUCUAAAGAGCCAGUAAUUUGUCCUUGAAAGAAUCUAUAUUCAUGGGAAAUACCGCAACUUGCACGACUCAAUCUCCAUCGACACAAAAAUAUAUCAUCUACUACAGGUACAGGUCGCCACGCGCAGUCCAACGUGUUCUUGGAGCAGGAAGCAAAUUCCUGAUUCUGCACGAGUUGUGGCAUCACCCCACCGGCAUCAUGAUGCAGGCGUUUUCAUUUCCCGUCAAUUCACGCGGCGCGACAUGAGGAUCUUCACUUUGACGCAGCUAGUCUUCGCAACAAGAUACUAGCCCUUCAAGGCCUGUGGUGCGUCUUGUUUGACAACUACCUCCUCGGCCGUACUGUAAAAGUUCUGCCUCGCCGCGAAGCAUCUUCUCCGCGUUGAUGUCCAUCAUGCAAAGCACCUGCCCCCCACAAGAUGGCCGAGGGCAUCAACAACGUGUCAUCUUCGCGAGAUCGAGACCGUCGCGGCCUCCCGCCUAGGCUAACAAGAAGCUCAAGCCCAUAUCAACUGCAAAAAUGUCUGGGUCUGGAAGAUUCUGACACUUGUCAUGCGCGUUUUGCAUGAGCUGCGUUUUGCAUGAGCCCUGAUGCCUGUGAUGCAUGCCCUAGCAAUACAGAUUUUUUGAGUGCUUCUUGAUGCCUAUGCCGCAUGACAAAUGCCUUCUCAGCGUAGCAAAAAUUGCAUUCCCUUUGGUACUCAUGCAAUACAGAUUUUUUUGGAAAACAAACGCAGCAUCACAAGUUGCAUUCUUCCAGACCUAGACAUUUUUACAUUUGAUAGUCCAGGAAUGAAGCACAUCUUCCACGUCGACAACGAGCACGAGACGGACACCGCACGACGCAUAAACAUAUUCAUAUGCAUGGCAAAAAUAUCGUACUACUAGUGAAAAUUGCAUGACAAAAUUUGCCAAGAAGAAGAAAAGUGGGAUGUGUAUUGCUGAUUUCCCAGAAGAUAGGCGCUUUCGAUUUGUCAUUCCUACCGGCAAAAUUCCUAGUACUACGACUACGAGUGCGAUACUUUUGCACCGUAUAAUUCAUAUUUCGCAUAGAAGCAACCUUUUUGCAGCUGGGGAUGGAGCUUGGCUGCUGGAGCACCAGUGCCGGUUUUGUGAGUUACGUACUUGUUUAAAGAUGGACUAAGUCCGUGAAGAUCAUGAGACCACUACGUUUAUCUCAUCAGAAGCUUUUCAACAUAUCACGCAUCCACCUAAUGGACUAUACGGAUUGCCUACUUUCGCAGACAAAGUAGAGCAUGUGCACAAAGAAAGGAGAAGAAGAGAAACCACCAGGACCGAUGAAAAUACAAUCAGAUAUGAAAAACCUCUUGGUUGAUCUUUUGGCGACAACAAUCAGCUUUUAUCAUGGCAAUGUCUUAUUUUCAUACAUCAUGCGUGUCAAACAUACAUCCUACAUGAUCUACUAAAAGGAUGACACACAAGAACUGCCACCUACAUUAUUGGUUUUGCUUUUCGUUUUUUUUUCGAAUGAGGCUGAAAGGAAUAUCAUGUAGGGAAAUAGCUCUUGCACGCCGAACGGUGAAGGUGAACACAGUCACAAUGCUUUAAAAUUCUUUUGUGUCCCCUCACACGGAGACGACAUUUUUUAGGUUGAAAAUCGACGUUAGGGUCGUGCAAAAAUCUCAAUAAUCUAGACGAGUCAGGUCCGUCUCGGGCAGAAAGUUGAUUGUAAUGUGGCAGCGCAUGUUGCACCACUACCACAAGCACAUCAGCCUCACCUUUCCUUCGCGAGCCAAAAAAGGAUGAACUUACUCAUUACUUGUUUUUCGAAAAAAUAGAAAAGUCUGAAGCUCAUCAACCUCUCAACUUCAAGUAGAAUUCUUUUGUGUCCCUUCAAACCACGACGACAUAGCUUGUUGCAUAUUCUUCCGUAGCCAUUUUGGCUCAAGAAGCGUCGGGUAAAAAGAUUUGUUUUGCUUUGAUAAGUUACGGCAUUUUUAUCAUGGAUGAAUGGCGGUCGUUAUGGACCAAGACUGACAAUGAAGUCAUCGUGUGAAGGCUCGACUUCUUUUCUCUGGCUGCGUACAUCUGAAUUUUAGUACCAGUCCCUAGUCAUUGACAUCAUCUGUACGGUGGAGAAACUUGGUCGUCUUGAUCCGAGAUCCCCUCCCUCCAUCUUAAGCACUUCUUCAACGCACGACUGAAGUCUACGUUCGAUUCCACCUUUCUACGGGACAUCUACUCAUCCCCUUGAUUAAUUGAUCGUCUUGCAGUUGCGCGCCAGUCUGCUUGUUUUCCCCGAAGAACAAAAAGAAAAAAGUGCGGACACACGACGAAGGAGGUACCCCCUCCUGGAGCAGAAUCAGCAGAAUUUUGUCCCCUCACACGACGAGGACAUUUAGGAUCAGAGGUUGCUGCAAAUUUUUCUUCUGUGGUCUGUUGAAAGCAUAUUCUUCUGUGGUCUGUUGAAAGUAUAAAUUAUUCUGUGGUCUGUUCAAAGAACGAAAGCUCUGUCAAUCCAUUUUCUGUACCUCCGCUGAAACGAAAACUGCAAGAGAAGUUUUGAAGAACGAAAAGCGAAGUAU